GCUCAACCCCGGAAGAGGCUAUUACCUGCUACGGCGAUAGGUCACCGCUCUGACUGCCAGCCUGUACAUCGAGACUCGAGAAGUUCUCCGUGCGGGAAAGGGCGCUCGCAUGCAAGUCAAACGGCUCCGGGUUUGCUUCUGGCAUGAUCGGCGGAAAGCCGGGACUGAGGAACGACGUUCACAUCUUGCUGUUGCAUCAGGUCUCGACUUGCUACUAGUAAUAAUGGAGAAGAUGUGGACUGCUGGGCGAAGAGGAAGAGUUCACCGUCGAUCAGACCGACUUGUGCAUACUGGAUUCUUGUGGGACGCCGCAGCCAACGGCCGGCGGCGGGCGAGACUGAGACGCUCGGUGAUGGAGAAGAAAAAGGUUAACACAGUUGGGGUUCAGAGCGCCUUCUAUCGAGACAGAUGGCGGUGUUGGUGGCGGCGCAUGUGUGACGGGCGAGGAGAGUUGGGGAGUUCAUGGUGGCGGCCGGGGACGAAGAUCCAUCCUGGCGUGGCUCAAGAAAAUGUGGUGGCAAAAAACAGACUCCUGGGGGGUUCUUGCGGGUUGCUUUUGCACCCAUGGGCUUGCAAUUCUGGGAUUGGACAUAUGUUUUGGUUAUUUGCCGUUAAAGUCUGACCGACUUCAAGGAUCACUGGCAUCCGGUUUUGAUGGCUGACAGACAGGUUCACCGACGAGAGAGUAGCAAGGCUGUUGGGAGCGACUCUUGUAGAGACACCCGGUACGUUUCGGCUUCA